CUGACUGUGUGAGAAUGCCCGUGUUAUACUGACAGAAACGAUACGGGCUUAGCAGACAUGGAGGCCCGAUUAACGAGAGAGGCCCAUUCCGACCCGUCUGACCUCAACUAACGUGGACUCGGAGAGGGAUUCGGGCGACAAAGCGGAAUAUCACGGCAAUUUCAAGUUAAAUCUCCAGGAGACCAUGCUGUUACGUACGAGGGGAGGAUUUUGAUCCCAAAGGAUGUGAGCGUAGUUCUGGACCGUUAUCAAGUUUGAAGGUGAGAGGGCUGGGCACUUGGGAAGCGACGCUGUUUCAACAUAGGGAUUCAAGGAUUUCUUUCCAACCUCUGCUAGCCCCCUUCCCCCUUCCCCUCUAUUGCAAUUUCAACCUGACAUCUACACAGACGUCCUAUAUUCAACUAUACCUGAGAUCAUCCUGUCCCUCUCAAGCCCCCCUUGUUCCCAACAUCACCAAUGGAUCAGAGGACGCAGGGGGGGUCCUCCACGCCUCCCCCCCUCCCUGCAAAUGCCCCACCAGCAGAACGUGACAAAGAGGGAGUAGGAGGAAAGAGAGACGAUGAAGAGGAGAAAAAGAAAUGGGAGAAACCAAGAGAUGGGGUGCAGACUGAACCUUGUGGUCCAGAGAGUGGGACCACUGACCCGCAGCAGCAGUCCCCACACUUCUCAGUCAAAGAAACCAGUUUUUCUGAGGGCAACGUUAAACUCAAGAUAGGCCUGCAGGCCAAACGCAUGAAGAAGCCUCCUAAGAUCCUGGAGAACUACGUUUGUCGGCCUGCUUUCCGAGCUACAGUAAGGCAUAGCGGAGGCAGAGGUGGAGGGCGUGUUAAUCGAGCGGGUGGAACCGGUGACGGAAGUGGCCACACUUCAAGCCCAUCUCGUGGAAAAGAAGUAGAGAAAAGCCCCACUGUGAACCGAGGAGCACCUCCACCAUCUGGCGUGCCCAGUACAUCCCCCUUACCUUCUCUUCCACCUCCCGUUUCCACCAGCCCAGUCACUCCUGUCAAUGGAAGUGCUCCAGCAAAAAAGGGUCCUCCAAAACUUGCCUGUAAGUCUGAGGGAAAGGCUGAUGUAAAAUCUGUCGCCUCUUCAGAGAGACCCCUUAACCUUCAUCGCCCCAUAACAGAAAGCAAAUCGCACUCCUCUGGAAAGAAAAGCCACCUUCCACAAACCAACCCUGCCACUGUCACAUCACCAACGGUGUCCCCAACCACACAGUCACCGCAGGACCCCAAAACAGAUGGGAUUUUAAAAACUCAAUACAUUUAUGCUGAUGGACAAAAGGAGCAAGAUAAAGGAGUGCCAGCCUGGGGUGCCCCUACCGUCACAGAGAAACUUGCUCAGCUCAUUGCUACAUGUCCGCCUUCAAAGUGCCCUAAACCAAAAGUCCGGAAGGUGUCACCAGCUCCACCACCCAGUAGUUCGCCACCCUUGAUUUCUAAUCUUCAGCGCCCUGAACGGGCUAUGGCCAAUAGGAACACCUAUUCCAGGGCAGGGCACCAUUCUCCACCUCAGCCUGUUUCACGGCCCCCAGGUCGCCCAUAUGGGUCCAAAAAUAAAGACAGUAUCCUGGAGAAAUUAUCUGGGACCUCUAGAAAAGAGGAAUCAGAUGGACUUCCAAAAGGAAUCACAAAUAGCAGCAGCAGCACAACAACCACCACUAGUACUGCACUUUCUCACAGUAGCCGCUUAACAACAACAACAAAUGAUACGACUGACAACAGAACCAUCAACGGUAUGAAAUCACAGUCUCGUCUUGGGCAUUGCCCACCUCAUUCUUCCUCACCUUCCUCUUCAUCCUCUUUCUUAGAGAGGAUAGGAAACACAAGCUCUCACAUUAGCUCGGCCAGCUCCCUAACGUCACGGUCAAAACCAAGCCCCUCUCAGACUGAGGAGUUUACAGAGAAAGACAAAGAGCGUGACAGAGAUAAAGACACAGACAGUCCCAGAGAUUUAAGUAGGAGCUCCACUCCAGCCAUGCCAGGGAAACAGGAUGCUAAAGAACGGUGUUCCCUCUCUGCUCUUCGAGGUGAGAGAGGCAAGAGCUCAAGCCCAGUCAAACGUAGUCCCAAUCAGGAAAGUCAUGUUAGUGGGGUACAAAGUCCCGCUGAGUCCACCAAAUGCACUAUUUCACCUUCUAACACUUCUGGUGCCAGCAAGAGCCCACCACCACUAUGUGAUGACACAGAGGACGUAUCUCCUGAAUCACCAGCCGAGCAGGAUUCUAAACCCCUUAAGAAGCGGCGGGGGCGACGACCCCGGUGGACUAAGGUGGUCAAUCGCACUCAGAGGCCGUUACAAGAAGAUGCUCUUAACCACCUGAAACACACCACACCAAUGCCCUCAGGCUUUGUCCCCUCAUCACCUAUUCGACGGCCUGUGGGGCGGCCUCCCAAUUCCAAUCGUAUUCCCCCUGUAGUUUCACAACUUUUUGAAUACCCACCCAAGAAAAGGGGGCGUCCCAAAUCCAAAAUGCCUCGGUUGGAUGCGCCUGCUCGUGGCCGCCCCCCAAACAAACUGCCACCCUCAAAAGUGUACUCAAUACUUAAGUCUAAAGAAGAGCAGGACCCGCCUGUUUUGCACCCUGAAGUGGAUUUAAAUCCACCUAAACCCAUGCCUAGAAAACGAGGUAGACCCAAACGCUUGCCUCCAACCCUUCCACAAGAAACCCAGCCACCCACACUUGCUCCUGAGUCAGGGGACGCUUCUGCAGGUGAUAAAGCUUUUCGUAACAAAGGCAAUGGGCAGCUCAUAAUGAAGACCAUCAUAGGCAAAAUCAAUAAAAUGAAGACGGUGAAACGUAAGAGGCUCCUCAACCAAAUAUUGCUCGGAUCGGGCUCAGGAACUACUGAGCAGGAUAGCCCCAAAAGCAGUGGAGGACCAGGGCCCGUGGCUAAUACAACACAGUCUCUUUCAUCACUUGCUGCUACGUUUGGGGGCAAAUUGGGGCCUCAGAUCAAUGUUAGCAAAAAGGGAACGAUAUAUAUGGGUAAAAGAAGGGGUCGUAAACCAAAAACAUCAGCUAAUCUCUCCAUAGGUGCGCCUACACCGCCGCCAGAACCUUUUUUGUCCCCAAACACAUCCUCCCCGCACCGUCUUCACCAGUCACAGGCCUUACAAAACCAGCAACACCAGUUACCACAAUCUGAGGUGUUCCCCUCUCCAUCGCUCUCACAAUCAAGUGGAGGGCAAAGUCCCAUUAGCGAUGCUAGCUUUGUUGAGCCCGGUUCGGUGCACUUUUCCUCCCACCCACACUUCAGCCAUUCCCAUCAGGGCCACCACACGUUCUCAUUUCCCCCACCGACUUUUUCAGCCCCCUCUGCUCGUACUAUGGCAAGCCCCACAUCAUCCACAGCACAUCCAUCUCAAAAGAAAUCAUCGUGCCGUGGCUACCACCAUCACCACCACCACUACAGACAGCACUACCAUUAUCGCAAGCUUUCUCCCCCAAGGCCAUUAUUGCCCACCUCUCCCGCUCCUCUUAGUGAGCUCAAGGAAGCUACACCUUCCCCAGUCAGUGAAUCACACAGUGAAGAGACUGUACCCAGUGACAGUGGGAUUGGAACUGACAACAACAGCACCUCGGACCGUGGAGAAAAGGCAGGUAGUGCCAGUGGUUUAGCCGGUGUUGGAGUCCCACAGGGUAUGGCAAGCGGGCUCCUAAUGCCCGGUGUCAUGAGUUCAGCCAUGGGAGUAGGAAUGGGACUCUCCUCCAGAGGUAGAAAGAGGCACUCAUCUUCAGUUCUUUUAGAUCGUCCUUCACCCACACCCUCCCCACUUGGAGCAAGAGCAUCACCUGACCCAAGAAGACCCCACCCAGCCGCUCCAUCUUCUUCAUUGGUUGGACAUAAAGAGAAGCACAAACAUAAGUGCAAACGUCGUGCCCACAGCUGCCCUAGCUAUGACAAACUAAAAAGGCAAAAACGCAAGCGUAAGAAGAAAUACCUGCAGCUGCGUUCGCGGCGGCAGGACCCAGACUUCUUGGCUGAUUUGGAUGAGAUCUGCGUGCGCCUCAGUGACGUUCGAAUCGCUCAUCGCACACCUGCACUUCGUUUAGGUAGCAGCUUGGGUCUGGGUGCAGGCCCUGGUCGUGGGUCUGGGUUGGGCGGUGCCAGAGCCAGUAGCACACUUGGGAGUGGAACCAAUCCCCCACCCCAUCACUAUUUACAUAGAGACCUCUUGCCCACCAUCUUCAGAAUCAAUUUUAGCGGGUAUUACUCCCCUCACCCAGCCUACCCGUGCGAUUCUCUUCAUUAUGUCCGUAAGCCUGACCUUAAAAAGAAAAGAGGGCGGCCACCCAAGCUCAGAGAAUCCAUGUCAGAGGUACCUUUUGUACCUGGGUUAGGCUUUCCGCUCUCAAGUGGAGGUUUCUAUCACCCCUCCUAUGGUGUCCCAUACUCGUCUGCCCCGCUGGGACUUGGCUACUAUCGUGGUUAUACUCCAGCAAGUGCCCUUUACCCACACCCCCACCAUCAGGCUUCCCACUCAGGCCCGUCACACCAUGUGCAUCCCCCUUCCUUUGCUCCACCUCCGCCCCCUACUUAUGUCCAUCAUCACCCAUCUCACCUUCUUCUUAACCCUUCCAAAUUUCACAAGAAGAAACAUAAGCUGCUCAGGCAGGAGUACUUAGGUGGAGGUCGCUCCUCAGUUCUCUAUCCUGCCAUGUCGUCUGAGCUCUCAUUUGGCUGGCACCACAAACAUAAGCAUAGGCAUAAGCACCGUGAUCGCUGUGGAGAAGAGGAGGGUGAUGAUGGUGGUGUUGUUAGUAGAAGUGGAGGAGGUGAAGGCUUAGGUGCAGGACGGGGGGAGCGAGGGAGCGUAGAGUCUCUUCAACGAUGCCGGUUUGGUAGAGAUGGCUCUGCCGAUUCCAGUGCUAACAAACAAACAGCAUCUGCCAACUCCCCUUCCUCCUCCUCCUCUUCUUCUGCAGAAAGGUAUAAGCGAAAAGAGGCCUCAAUGUCAUGUCUCGGGCCUUCACGGCUUUCUUUGGCCAGUGGGAACCGGGGACAUCACCCUGUAGACUCCUGGUUCAGGAUGGGGAGUACUGAAAGUACAGAUUACUCCAAACUCUCCAGAAACCAGUCACUUUCUGGAUCUGGUCCGUUCUCUGAAGGACAUGCACAAAAUGCAGCGGAGUGCUCAGAAAGUGAGGAGGAAGAUCCCACUUCUCCUAUCGAGGAGGUGGAGAGCAGCCACCACACCAACCUGUUCGCAUCUGCACUAUCUCGGAACGCCCUCAGAGGGAGUCACAGCAAAAAAGGGGGAGCUUCAGAGAGCUCCAGCCUUCCGCGGAUGGACCGGACCAUGAGAAGGGAUCGUUCCACAUCUGCAGAGAGGAGAGAGCUGGGAAAUGCAUCCGGCUCACAAAACCGAAGCGGUCAAUCCAGUGUACCUGAGGGUCCCGAGGGUCCCCACCACAGGCACCACCAUCACCACCACCCUCCUCUAUCCCUCUCUCACUCUUCUUCUUGCCUUUCUCACGGCACUCUUGACCAGUCUGGUAGCGGGGCUGCUCACCGCCCCGCCAGCCGCCAGGCCAGUCCCUCCACGUGUUCCUCCCAGCCUGCGUGUUGUCUGGACUCCCCCCCUUCCCACCAUUCCCACCGAUUAGCCCCACCCCCUGCCAAAAACAACCUGCACCACGUCAACAAGAUCCUCCGUGCUAAAAAGCUUCAGAGGCAGGCGCGCACAGGAAACAACGUGGUGAAAAAACGGGGCCCGGGACGUCCGCGAAAGUACCCGCUGCCCUCGCCUCCACCAUCGCCGCCACCCCAGGCGUCCGAACCGGAGAACAACCCAACACCUGACCGGAGACCCGACAGAGGGGGCGUGGUCUGGGAGGGAGACACCGUGGUCGACGUCAUCGAGUCAGUCGUGCAGAGUCAGCACAGAAAGGGACGGAAGCGGAAGCACUGGGAGCGGGAGCCUGAUGAAGGUGAGGAAGAAGAAGAGGUGGCAGAGGAGGAAAGAGAGGAAGAGGAGGAAGAACGGCCUAGGGAGGCUAGAGAGGAAGAAAUGGUACCCAACCCUAGGACAGAAGGACAGAGGGGAUGGUUGACACAGGAGGAAGUGCAUUGUUUUCGCAGUGCACUAGAGGGAAAACCUGAUGACCAACCCACCCCAGAACAACCAGGCCCCACUUCAGUGGAACAAGCCCCCAACACAUCAGUGACCAGCCAACGGGAGAAGAGACCUGCUAGGCCACCCAAAAAGAAGUUCCAGAAGGCAGGACUGUACUCUGAUGUGUACAAGACAGAUGAUCCUCGCAGUCAGCUGCUACAGCUGAAGAAAGAGAAGUUGGAGUAUACUCCAGGUGAACAUGAGUACGGUCUUCUUCCAGCUCCCAUUCAUGUCGGGAAAUACUUGAGACAGAAACGCAUCGAUUUCCAGCUGCCUUAUGACAUCCUGUGGCUUUGGAAACAUGAUCAGCUCCACAAGAGGCCUGACGUUCCUCUGUACAAGAAGAUCAGAUCCAACGUCUAUGUAGAUGUUAAGCCACUCUCUGGCUACGAAGCCACCACCUGUAACUGCAGACCACCUGAAGAGCACUGUGAGAAGGGCUGUCAAGAGGAUUGUCUAAACAGGAUGAUCUUUGCCGAGUGUUCUCCGAGCACGUGUCCGUGUAAAGAACAGUGUGAUAACCAGCACAUCCAGAAGCACGAGUGGGUGCAGUGUCUUGAGCGCUUCCGGGCCGAGGGGAAGGGCUGGGGCAUCCGCACCAAGGAGACGCUGCGUGCCGGCCAGUUCAUCAUCGAGUACCUGGGAGAGGUGGUCAGCGAACAGGAGUUCAGGAGCCGUAUGAUGGAGCAGUACUUCUCCCAGAGUGGUCACUACUGUCUGAAUCUGGACAGCGGUAUGGUGAUCGACAGCUACCGCAUGGGCAACGAGGCUCGUUUCGUCAACCACAGUUGCGAGCCCAACUGUGAGAUGCAGAAAUGGUCUGUUAAUGGAGUGUAUCGUAUUGGUCUGUUUGCUCUGAAAGACAUCACUAGUGGAAUAGAGCUGACAUAUGACUACAACUUCCACUCUUUCAACACUGAAGAACAGCAAGCCUGCAAGUGCGGCUCAGAGGGUUGCAGAGGCAUCAUUGGCGGCAAGAGCCAGCGAAUCAACGGGCUGCCUGGGAAAGGGGGCGGAGCGGCGGGUGGAGCCAGGAGGCUCGGGAGACUGAAAGAGAAACGCAAGUCCAAACACUCACUGAAAAAACGGGAGGAAGAGUCCAGUGACAGCAGCAAGUUUUAUCAGCACCUUUUAAUGAAGCCAAUGUCAAACAGAGAGAGGAACUUCGUCCUAAAACAUCGAGUGUUCCUCCUGCGAAACUGGGAGAAGAUGCGCGAGAAGCAGGAGCUUCUGAAAAAAGAGGGAGAGAGAGAGCGAGAGAAGGAAAACAGCGGCCUCUCUCUCUACACACGCUGGGGAGGAGUCAUCCGGGAUGACGGCAACAUCAAAUCAGAUGUAUUUUUGACACAGUUCUCGGCGCUGCAGACCUCGCGCUCCGUGCGCACACGCAGGCUCGCGGCUGCUGAGGAGAACACAGAAGUUACGCGCACAGCACGUCUGGCACACAUAUUCAAAGAAAUCUGUGACAUGAUCAUGAGCUACAAAGAUUCCUCUGGUCAGACUCUUGCUGGUCCGCUGCUUAACCUGCCUUCUCGAAAGAGAAACUCGCAGUAUUACGAGAAGGUCACAGAUCCAUUAGAUCUCAGUACCAUAGAGAAGCAGAUUCUCACCGGACACUACAAAACCGUCGAGGCCUUUGACGCGGACAUGCUCAAAGUGUUUCGCAAUGCUGAGAAAUAUUACGGCCGGAAGUCGGCUACCGGUCGCGAUGUAUGCCGGUUACGGAAAGCGUACUACGGUGCGCGUCACGAAGCCGCCGUACAGAUCGACGAGAUUGUGGGUGAGACGGCCAGCGAGGCCGACAGCUCUGAUUCGCUGGAGAGAGACCACGCCCACCAUCACCACCAUGAAGGAGGGUGCAGCCACGACAAAGACGACGACAUUAUCCGUUGUAUCUGUGGCAUGUACAAAGACGAGGGGCUCAUGAUCCAGUGUGAGAAAUGCAUGGUGUGGCAGCAUUGCGAUUGUAUGCGUGUAGAGGCCGAGGUGGAGCAUUAUCUCUGUGAGCAGUGUGACCCUCGCCCGGUGGACAGGGAGGUCCCGAUGGUCCCCCAGCCCAGCUACGCCCAAUCAGGAUCCAUCUACUAUAUAUGUCUCCUCCGGGAUGACUUGCUUUUACAUCAGGGUGACUGUGUGUACCUCAUGAGAGACAGCAGACGAACACCAGAAGGCCAGCCGGUGCGGCAGUCGUAUCGUCUCCUGUCUCACAUAAACAGAGACAAACUCGACAUCUUCCGUAUUGAGAAACUCUGGAAAAAUGAAAAAGGUGAAAGGUUUGCCUUUGGUCAUCACUACUUCCGUCCCCAUGAGACGCAUCACUCCCCUUCUCGCCGUUUCUAUCACAACGAAUUGUUCCGUGUACCGCUUUAUGAGAUCAUACCGCUGGAGGCAGUGGUGGGAACGUGCUGUGUAUUGGACCUGUAUACCUACUGCAAGGGUCGGCCGAAAGGUGUAAAGGAACAAGAUGUUUACAUCUGUGACUACCGACUGGAUAAAUCGGCACACCUGUUUUACAAGAUCCACCGCAACCGUUACCCAGUGUGCACCAAGCCCUACGCCUUCAACCACUUUCCCAAGAGACUCGCACCCAAGCGAGACUUCUCACCUCAUUAUGUGCCAGACAACUACAAACGGAACGGUGGGCGCUCUGCCUGGAAGAGUGAGCGACCCAAAGGUGCAUCCGCCUGCGAUGAAGACCCCUCACCCAGCGCGUCAUGUGACCGCAUCUCUGUCGCCUUCUCGAGGGACGGUGACGAGGACAGAGAAAGAGUAGAGGAAGAUAUGGACACCAACCAGCAGGACAACAGCACCGCCAUCACACAGGUGUCCACCUCGCAGGAACGGAGGACGGGCGGGGAAACCGAAGAUGUGGAGGAAGAGGAGGAGGGUGAGGAGAAGAGAGAGAUAGACGAGGGCUCCCGGGAGAGAGGAGGAGGGCAAGACAUGUUGGACGCCCCGUCCUGUUCCUCGCUCUCCUCUUCACCUCUUCAUCCAUCUGUUUUGGGAAGAAGGGAAGCGCAGAGAGAGCGACUGAACAAGAUUCUGCUCGACCUGCUGCACCGAACGCCCAGCAAGAACGCCAUAGACGUGACGUAUCUUCUCGAGGAAGGCUCCGGUCGUCGCCUCCGGAGACGGACGCUUGGUUUGAGCGAGUUUAUUUGCAGGAAGUAAUGCAGACUGCGUUUUCUGCUGAGCACAUGUGCAGAAAAGAUGAAGAAGAGGAUAAAGGUGCAGAGAUGCACAACACCUGAAAGAGGGGAAAACAGUUGAGGGUUGCGACAUCAAGGGCACAAACUCUCCCGUUUCUAUUUAAGUCCUUCAGACCAGCCCUAGCCUCAUGCGCUGCGGACACGCACGAGAGAUGUCACCUUAAUGCGUAACAGACGUACACUGCAAGUGUCAGACAUAGGAAGAAAAAGUUGAAUUGUCGCAGAUGAACUUUCAACAUAAGUUCUAAGACUAAGCAUCAUCGAAAGUCUAUUUUUUAAAAAAGCGUGUGGUACUAUAUUUGGCCUUUAACGGUCAGAUUGGGCUGCAAGUGGAAAAUUGGAGUCUGGCGCCCCCUUGUGGCCCAUAGCGGGAAAGACUUGAGUUCAACCUAGAAAAUGCGAGGAGAUAAACCGAAAUAGGAGCAACAUAGGAGGUGCAGUGUAGCGCACACACACACUGCCCGUAGACUGAGAGGAGAGGUUGGCUAACUGCACUUUUAACAACACGGACAUCAUUCGCUCCUGAAGAUGUACGGAUUAGACAAACACUAACAACAUUUACGCAGUAUUGAUCAAUGCUGUAUGAUAAAGCAAAACAAGUAUAUUACCUUCUGUUUUUGUUAUACUGUAAUUACGUUAGGAAUGGAGCACGACGGCGGAUCCAUGUUCGUGAGCUCGGGGAUGGAAUGUUUCGCUUCUGUUAUCGUGGGCAUUGUGAUUGGUUAGAGUGGCUGCCAGCCUCGCUCCUUUUUAAAAGUAUUUAAUACACCAGCUCAAAAAAAAAAUAGUUUAGCAGUGGAGGCUCGCUGGCUUUAUAUAACGCCUUAUAGAAUGCCAUGGUCUUGAGCUCUUGUUUAUGGUGGCGUGUGAGAUUCUGUGUGGUGUUUGUGAGCGUGCAUGUGUGUGCGUGUGAGCCCAUUCUGGUAAAACAAAUAUGAAAGAGGAAACGAUUUAAGGGCUUGACAGCAGUUAAUAAACCGGUAAAUUCACGAUCGCAAAAACUUAUUGUAUCAUGUGACGUCUUGGUAGGAACAGGUCGGGAGACUCGAGGUUUUGAUGUUGUUUUCGUUUUUCUUUUUUUUUUAAGGCUUUUCAGGUUGCCAUGGAGAAUGUUUAUAAAAUUGUAAUGAGAUUUUUGCCCUUAAUGCAUCCGCUACGAGAGAUGAGUAUUUCCACACCUUUAAUGGACCCCUUCAAAAAACAAAACAAAACAAACUGACAUUGAAAGAUAAGAAAUUUGUAUAGUGCCAAGCUAUGUAUAUAUACAGAUGGGAAAAUGUGAGAGAUGUCUCCAAAAGCAAUAUCUUGAUAAUGGAUUUUGUGUAUUGUAUUGUACAGGAUUCAACCCUAUAUGUAUUAUUGUUAUUAUUAUUAUCAUUCUUACGAUUAUUACAUGAUUUGUAUUGACAGAACUGUCACACGUAACUUCAGAAGCGGGCGAGAAUGUGGCAGAUAUAUUGAUUAAUAUUCACAACAGAUUUCUGACACAAAACGAAAUCUUGUUACCCAAACACAUGAAUUUUGUGCAUUUCAAGAGGGAGGAAUGUCGUCUGAUGGACUUUGUUGAAGGGGACAUCCCAGUGACCCCCUUACCUGGCACCUGUCACUGUAAGAAUAAUAUUAACAUUAUUAUAAUUAUUAUUACUUUUGAGGAGAAAAAGAUAUAAUGUUCCUCGUUUUUUGCUGCAAAGUGUUGAACACUAAAAAAACAAACCAACAUAAAAAUGUAAAAUGAUAUUUUGGAAGGUGACAGAAAAAAAGAAGCUGUCCACCCAAUAUCAUGUUCUUAAUCUCCUUUUUAAUUUUUUAAUUAUUUUUUUUCCUUCGAAUGAAAAAAGAUUGUUCUGUUUUUGUGAUAGCGGUCAUAAAUAUAAUGCUUGUAUUUCUUGUAUUUGUGUGUUUUUGUGUGAUUUGUUUAGUUAUUUUUAGACAAUCACAAAAUAAGAUGCAAGCAUUGUAUAUGGACAGACUGGCAGGCAUUUUGUGAUGUUGUGUACAGUUUGUCGAAACUUCCACUCUGGUUCAAAAGUUUGUAAUUAUAAAGUCAUGAAAAUGCUGUUGGUUUUUACUUUUUUUUGUUUUAUAUUCUAUUUGUUUUGUUUUGUUUGUUUGUUUUUUAAUAAAAAGCACUACAUUAUUGUGAAUAUACUUGCCUGUUGCUCAUACAUUUAGCAGAGAUUCUGUGAUGCAGUUCAUUGCUAGAUCAUAACCAUUAUUACUCGAGCUUUACAGACGAAUCGUAUUUUAAUUGUAUGGACGGUCGAAAAAUCUUCAAAUAAAGUGAAUUUUAACUAUUG